GGCUUGGCUUCCACUCAAGAGUCAAAGGCUGCCUUCUGCCCUGACAGGUGCCUCUCCUUGGGCCACCCCAGCUCAUACCCUACUGGGUAAAAGAGGAAAAGCCAAAGGAGCCAGCUGCCUUGGGUGACUUGGAACACUGCUGCGUGAACCACCAACAGCUCCUGGAGAAUCUCCCGACUGCUGUGAGGUGAGCCCCGAGGAUGUGGCUGCUCACGUGGCUGAUGUUCCUGGCCCACUGGGGAGUCGUCAGGGCUGAACCAGGGAAGUUCUGGCACAUCUCUGACAUGCACCUAGACCUCGACUACAGUGAAUCUGAAGACCCCCUCCAGGUGUGCCCAUCAGCUGGCUCCCGACCUGUGCCCAACGCAGGCCCCUGGGGUGACUACCUCUGUGAUUCUCCCUGGCGUCUCAUCUUCUCAGCCAUCUACGCCAUGAAGAAAAUUGAGCCGAACCCAGACUUUAUUCUCUGGACUGGGGAUGACACGCCUCACGUGCCUGAUGAGAAGCUGGGAGAGGCAGCUGUACUGGAGAUUGUGGGACUUCUGACCAACCUCGUCAGGGAAGUCUUUCCAUCCACUAAAGUCUAUGCUGCUUUGGGAAAUCAUGACUUUCACCCCAAAAACCAGUUCCCGGCAAGGAAAAACAGCAUCUACAAUCAGGUAGCAGAACUGUGGAAACCCUGGCUUAGUAACGAAUCCUUCACUCUCUUCAAACAAGGUGCCUUCUACACUGAGAAGCUGCCAGGUCCCAGCAUGGCGGGGCGAAUUGUGGUGCUCAACACCAAUCUGUACUACAGCAGCAAUGAACAGACGGCGGGCAUGGCUGAUCCCAGCCAGCAGUUCCAGUGGCUGGAGGAUGUGCUGACCAAUGCAUCCCGAGCUGGGGAAAGGGUGUAUAUCAUUGGCCACGUGCCCCCAGGAUUCUUUGAGAAGAAGCCCAACAAGGCGUGGUUCCGGGAGGGCUUCAAUGAGAAGUACCUGAAGGUUGUCCAGAAGCACCACAGAAUCAUAGCAGGGCAGUUCUUCGGCCACCAUCACACCGACAGCUUUCGGAUGCUCUAUGACAAUGCAGGCACCCCCAUAAGCGUCAUCUUCCUCACACCUGGGGUCAGCCCAUGGAAAACCACAUUACCUGGAGUAGUCAACGGGGCCAACAAUCCAAGCAUCCGGCUGUUCAAAUACAACAGAACCACACUGAACCUGCAGGACAUGGCGACCUACUACAUGAACCUGAGCCUCGCGAACAAGCAGGGGAUACCGCUCUGGGAGCUCGAGUACGAGCUGACCUUGGCCUACGGGGUGCCGGACGCAGGUGCCCUCUCCCUUCACACAGUGCUAGACUUCAUCACCAACGACUCGGAUGUGCUGCAGCGCUACUACCUCUACAACUCAGUCAUGUACGAUGACACGGCCUGCAACGAGACCUGCCGCGUGGAGCACGUGUGUGCCAUGCGCCACUUGGCCUUCCGGGACUACGCAGCCUGCCUGUCAGCCUCGGGCCCUGUGCCUGCACACGGGCUCGCGCUCCUGCUGCUGCUGCCGGCCCUGGUGGGCCUGUGCGUGCUCCCGGCGUCAUGACCUUGGGCGCCUUGCAGAGUCGUCUUCCUCCUGGCAAAACCUGCAGUAUCCCCUUCUCGAGAGCAGUCAGGCUUUUCCACCAGGUCUCUGCCAGAUCCGGAAAGGAAGCCCCAAAGACGCACACUUCUUUCACGUUCCCUGUUUCACUCACACAACAAAGGUCGUCGUACAAGUUGUUUUGUGCGUUAUUCCUUUUAAUAUGGAAACGAUUAAAGUA